UAGGAUUUGGUCGACUCGGAUUAAAGCGAGAGAAAAAAAGUGUGUGCGAGUACUAAUCAAAAACCCUUGUCGGCCCAACCACUCUCGAGCUCCAACAAUGGCACAGAAUGGCGGCGCUAGGACGAAACGAGAGAGGCCAAACAUACUCAUAACUGGCACGCCGGGGACUGGCAAAACGACGACGUCGGCGGCCCUCGCCGAGGCUGCCAAUCUCCGCCACAUCAACGUUGGUGAUUUGGUCAAGGAGAAGAGUCUCCACGACGGCUGGGACGACGAGUUCGAGUGCUAUCUCCUCAACGAAGACCUCGUAUGUGAUGAACUUGAAGAUGUGAUGGAACAAGGUGGAAUCAUUGUAGAUCACCAUGGUUGCGACUUCUUUCCUGAACGUUGGUUUGAUCGUGUAGUGGUGCUUCAAACUGAUAAUUCCGUGUUGUAUGAUCGGCUAGCUAAGAGGGGCUAUACAGGGAAAAAACUCUCAAACAACGUUGAGUGUGAGAUCUUUCAGGUUCUGUUGGAGGAGGCCAAAGACAGUUAUUCAGAAGAUAUUGUGGUGGCACUUAGGAGUGACUGCGUCGAAGAUAUAGAUAGAAAUGUUUCUACUAUAACCGAUUGGGUAAGAAAUUGGAGCUCCUUACCUUGAUUUUAUGCAAUGGUCUUGGAAAUAUACAACUUCAAUUUCCUUGCUGUUUGUUGCACUCUGUAAUUUAGUUGUUUCAGUGAAACACUUGAUACAAAUAUACUCUACUUUGUGUUUUGCAAAUUUGAAUCCAUCUACACCUGUAUCUUUCCUUAAUUAAGUAUAUUUCAGUUUUGGACCA